AAAUAGAAAACAUGGAAAACAAGGAGGGAAAGCGAAAGAACCUUUUUUGUCGUCUUCUUCAAACGUGUUGGCACCAAUUUGCCAUUUCCCUCUGCCAACCCCAAAAGCUUAAGCAGUUCACACAAUGCAUGAUGCACAUAAAAGAACAGAUUAGCUCAAACGAAAUGAAAUGGACAAUUGUAUUAGAGCCGAAAGUAACAGAAAGUUGACAGACAAUAAAAAGGAAAAUUGGCUCAAGCUUUAACGUAAGUUCUACAGUUGCAUACGGUGGGCGACGGCGGAAUAGCAGCCCCUUUCUAGAAGAAGCCGUUUAAUGGUGCCACGCAUCCCAAGAAUUUUCCAACAUCUUAAGAACAAAGAUGGGGUUUAAGGGAAGGAUCCGGUUCGACCCAGUUGGAUCAGACCCGUUAAUGGUCGGACUCAAAUUCACCUCCUUUGUCGGCUUAUCACUGUCUGUUGAACCCCAGUGCGGCGUACCCCACUCGCCUCCUCUUUUCAAUGAUUGGCCGGGGCCAAACAAAAGAAGCGAUUUUUUCCUCUUGCGUCUGACUCCGGCCCCAGUCCCUGUUAGUGGCAGGGUAGAAAAAUUCAUGAUAUUAUUGUUGAACAUGCUUUUCGAGUUCUGUGUGACAAUGCCGUUUAUUGCGUCCAUGUUGAAUGCCCUGUAUGCAAGUCCAGGCAAAGUGGAAGAGCCAUUUUUCUUCUGUGAUUUUGAGCUCAUUGAUUUAGGAUGCCUGAUUGAUUGCGAGCUUAAAGAGCACAAAGCUAAGAGAGGCUUUCUUUACUCAUGUUCAUGGGAAGAAAAAGGGUCAAACUCAAGCAUGCAUGUUAACUUCAGCCAGCAUUAGCUGUGUUAGUUUAUGAGGAGGCGACCUUUUGUCUUCAGUUUUAUGAUUACAUAGUUUAUAAGCAGCAAAAUCAUUGACUGAUGUUUGGUUAAUUUCAUGAAGUUGGGUCUCUAUGUGACCAAAUUCCUCACAGAAAGCUGCUUCUCUUGUUCUGUAAAGAAAUAUGUAUAUUCUAGGAAACGUCAUUCUACUUGCCUUAGGAUUUGCAAAGCUGCAUCCUAUGAAUACCAAUAUGCUUCGUUGAUUUCACAUGAUGACUACUUUAUUUGGAUGGUCAGUGUUGGUUUUGAAGUGCAUCAUCCAGCAAAAGAACCAUUAAUAUCUAUGGUUGAGUGUAACAGAAUGAUCUUAUGAUAACUGCUGAAGGGAAAUCCUUGGGAAAAGUAUUAUGAGCUCCCAAGUUUGAUCAUCUUGCCAUUUGUUAAUAUAGAGAGGUCAUUAAUAAUUAGCUGACCAUUAGUUUGGCAUCUUGAUGUAUGUAAAGGAGGAAGGUAAAAUGAAACAGGAAAAGUAAGCAGUAUCUUUCUGAAAGCAUCUUGUCCCUCUGGAUUUCCUGGAUGAAAAGAUGAGGACUUUAUGCUUGGGAUAAACUUGGGAUAAAGAAUAGAUGGCCUUGUAAUUGCAUUUGAAAGCUAAAUUGGAUUUGUUUCAGAGAUGCUAUAGACUUAUGGUCAUUCUUAUUUUGCCACUCUGUUUGCUGUCAUUUAACCAGCAACCUUUGCCAUAUGGCUUGCUGCCUAUUAUCCUUAUGUUACUUGACUCGUUGGAUAAAUUGAAAUUUCUUUG